CGGAUAGAGAAACAUUUCUCCCUUGGUCAUGUCUGUGAGUGGGUUUCAUCUUCCGGUCCUUCUCUGGUUGUNUUUCCACGGCAAUACGUCUGCCAAGCCCCGGCAAAACAGCACUCGGGUGCGGACCGUGUCACUGACAUCGUUGACCAANNACAGAACCCAUCUUUUGUGCUGCGAGCAAUCAAAGAUGUCGCAUUCGAAGAUAGAGAGAUUCCGAAACUUCGUGACGAACACGAAGUAAGAGUUCAGAUUGCGCAGACUGGAAUUUGUGGAAGUGAUUGCAGUUGGCAAAGAGGUCGCAUUGGAGAUUUCGUGCUGACGAGCCCGAUUGUGCUUGGUCAUGAAUCUUCCGGCACUGUUGUUGAGGUUGGGAAAGCAGUUCAGAAUGUAAAGCAGGGUGACAGGGUCGCCAUAGAACCUGGUGUCCCAUGUCGCAGAUGUGAUUACUGUCGUGACGGCAGUGAGUAUUCUUUCGGUCCCAAGUUCGCUGGACAAGAUACUGAUCGUGUCGUAGAGUACAACUUGUGUAACGACACUAUUUUUGCUGCCACGCCGCCAUGGGAUGGAACUCUUGCCAAAUUCUAUAUAGUUGCAAGCGACUAUUGUUACAAGAUACCGGAUUCAAUGAGUAUGGAAGAAGCUGCUAUGGUUGAGCCAACCGCUGUUGCUGUCCAGAUAGCAAAAGUUGCCGAUCUGAGAGCCAAUCAGACUGUGCUCGUCUUUGGAUGCGGACCUAUCGGUGUUCUUUGUCAGGCGGUAGCGAAGGCAUAUGGUGCUCAAAAAGUCAUCGGAGUCGAUGUCGUCAAAUCACGACUCGAUUUUGCCAAGUCAUACGGCGCCGAUGCCGUGUUUCUACCACCGAAGCCUGAUCAAGGUGUUGAGCCUGUUGAACAUUCCGAGAAGAUCGCAGCCAUGAUCAAGAAGGAUUUUGAUCUCGGCGAAGGAGCUGAUGUGGUCCUAGAGUGUACAGGAGCUGAGCCAUGCAUCCAAGCAGGUAUCUUUGCCGCAAAGAAAGGCGGCACCUACGUACAGGCCGGCAUGGGUAAGGAAAACGUACUUUUCCCCAUCACGACGGCUUGUAUCAGAGCACUCAACAUUCGAGGCUCUAUAAGAUACACCAAAGGCUGCUAUCCGGAUGCAGCCGAGCUAGUGGGUUCUGGGAAGAUCGAUGUCAAGAGAUUGAUCACCAACAGAUUCAAGUUUGAAGAGGCAGAGCAAGCCUUUGAACUUGUCAAAGCUGGUAGAGAAGAUGUUCUCAAGGUCAUCAUUGAAGGUGUCCAAGACUAG